AUGAGAGUUUCCUGUGUCUGGGACAAUGGACAGACGACAGAGGAGAACGUGGCCAGAGGGCAGAAUGCGGUGGGAUUGAAAGAAUAUUUAAGAAACAAGCAUGGCCGGGAAGUAGCCAGGCUGGAGGUUGAGGGCCUAGUGGUGCCAGAUGACGCUGACUUGGCCGGAUGGAUAGGGACGGCAGAGCGCCAUGAGGUCAGAGUGUACACCAUUGGAGGGCCGCCUGAGCUGUUGCGUCCUGACACAGAGAGUAGACGCGAGACUGUGCCCGAAGCUGUGCCUGAGAUCGUGCGCGAUAGUAAUACGGAGGAGCGGGAACGAGAGGUGGAGCCCAGCGCUCGCCCGCCGAACCCGCCGAGCAAAAUCAGCAUCAAGCUGUCGGAUCAAGUAUCGUUGGUUCUUGAAAAAGGCUUUGUUGUGGACCAAAAUAAACUGCAUUUGGAAAAGCCGCUGGUCAAAACAAUCCAAAGCGCAGCAAUUGCCAGCGACAACCGCGAGCCUGCCCAGAUCAUUGCCCAGGCCGCCGGCAUCAUAGCCCGCCGACUGCGGGAUUGGGGGCCCGAGUUUUUCCCCAUCAUUGUGUUUGCGUUCAUUGCAAUUCUCUUUGGCAAGACAGAAGGCAACUGGUCGGUGGUGUUUAUUUUUUCCGGCCUGCUGCUGAUCUUCUUAACAAACAUUGUCCUGAGCGUUGUAUUUGGAUACAACAUACUAUCAGAGCUGCCAAUGCCUGAACUAUUUAAAAAGGUGGACUCGCCCGAGGACCUGGUCCCCGAGGUACCGCGGACGGCUCUGCCAUACAUCCAGGACACUGAUCGGGUGGUGGAGGAAAUGCGGACCAAGCUGACGGUGUACCAGCACAUUUAUAUGUUUUUUACAAGCAUGCUCCCCACGGUCAUUGAGCCGUGGCAGAAAGAAAUGCGGCUACGAAGGUCUGUCUACGAAGAGGCCGUGGCCAUAGUCCGACGACGCCAAACCCAAUCCUGA